GAAGAGGAGCUGCUACACACAAGGAAGGAGCUGAGUGUGUCAGGAGCAUAGCUACACACACAAAUAUACACACAGUGGGGCUGCCAACUGUCUCCUCUUCCCACCAAGAACUGAAAGAAGAAACUUCCAGGGUCACCAAACAUGACUGAGAACUCCACUCCGGCUCCCCCCAAAGCCAAGCGUGCCAAGGCGGCCAAGAAGACCCCAGACCAUCCGAAGUACACGGACAUGAUUGUCAGUGCCAUCCAGGCAUUGAACAGCCGCUCUGGUGUCUCCCGCCAAGCCAUCCAGAAGUACAUCAGCAGCAAAUACAAGGUGGGUGACAACGCCAACUUGCAGAUCAAGCUGGCGCUCAAGAAACUGGUAUACAACCAGGUUGUCAAGCAGACCAAGGGCCUUGGCGCUUCAGGCUCCUUCCGGCUAGCUAAAAGCGAGGAACCAAAAAAGGCAGUAAAGAAGGUGGCCAAGGCACCGAAGAAGAGCCCAGCUGCUCGCAAGGCACCAGUGGCCCGCAAAGCAGCCAAGCCAGCAACCAAGGUGAAGAAGGCAAAAGUGGAAAAAAAGAAAGCCAAGACGCCAAAAAAGAAGGCCGCCACGCCCAAAAAGACCAAGAAAGCAAAACCAGCAAAAGCCAAAGCCAGGACCAAGGUGAAGAAAACAAGUGUGCAGAAACCGAAAGGAAAAAAAGCCAAGAAGUGAUUUUGAUCACGACAUGUAAACGUGGACUGCUUUUGAUUUUCAGUUUAAUUCUAUGGAAACUUUGUGUACAUACAGUUUAAGAAAAGAUUUUUUUUAAAUUUAAAAAGGACACUUUUUAUUUUGUCAGCAGCUCUUUGUGUCUUAUGUUUAAAAAGAAAUGGACGCAGUAAUCAUCUGAAAAUAGUUACACUGGGACUGUGGACAAGAAAUGUAAAUGUUGGACGUUGUCGUGGUUAACCUUUGCUCUAGACCUAUUCCGUCUUGUCUUACUGCCCUUGUGAGGAGUGGGCAGGGCAUGCAUGAGUGUGGGUGUGUAUUUACAGUACUUCCAAUCCCAAAGGAAGGGUGUAAAUUCACUGACAAUUGCUGAGCAAAGUCAGCCCCCACUAAUGGACAACGUUACAGCAGUCCAUUGCAUUGUUCAGCAUUUUCCAAAUAUUUUACUCAAGUGAAUUUGUUUGAGACUUUUAAAGCAGGUUGGAACUGUGCUGCUAGUUUCUGAGAAAACGCAAAUGUGAAUGAUAUUAUAGAAAAGUGCAGAGUCAAUAUUUUGAGAGCUUUCCCUCUCAAAAGCAAAUUCUCUGUUUGAAUAUUAAGAAAUCAUUGGGUCUACAGAGAGCCAGAGUUGGUUCAUAAAGCUGUGUAGUUAACCAGUUUCUUAUUUAACUUAACUUAGUAAAAGGGGUCUUGCAAGAUGCAGUUACAAUGUAUCAAUUCCCCCACUCACCACAUUUAUAUUUGAAGAGACGGCAUAACAGAAACAUUCUGCAAAAUGCAAAGGCCAUUUAGUGACUGCUUGCAAUGGCAAAACAAUUUCACACUGUCCCGACGUCCCAGUGUGGUAACUGUUUCUAUAUACUAGGCUGUGUUUAGAUCCUUCUGAGCUUUACUGGCCUGAAAUGAUAUUUGGGUGUUUUAUAGAGGGUUUUUGAGGUAGAGUAGUACUUACGUUUAUUUUGAGAUAGAAAUUGCUAUAAUCAUGCAAUUCUGAAAGUUAAUGAUAAAAAAAAUAGAAAAUUAGAACUAAACAGUACUCAGUUUAACUUGGCCAAAGAAAAAUGGAAAUUCCUAACUGAAAGGCACUCACUUAUAAUGUGGCUCCAACAAUGUGAUUUGUAUGUGUUAUUUUCACAAAUUCACUGUACUUUAAUCAUUAGGAUUUUCUCCCCAUACAAGCAAUUCAUUUUUAUCAUUAAUGAUGUCUAGUUUAUUCCAUGGUUUACUUAUUAGGACAUUCCUUCUCAACUUGUUGUGUGCUGUUUCUUGUUAAACUCUGCUUUAAGUUUUUAAAUACACAAUUGUUUUAAUUGACAAAUAAUCAAACUUCAUAUCUAAUUGUUUGAUGGCAUGGUGUUUAUUUUUUAGCUGAAACUAUCUGAAGACUGACUGUAAUUCAUAAGCUGUCAUCCUGUCAGUGUAAAUGGUUGGCCACGUGGACAAUAUUGUAUUGUGUUGUUUACAGGGUGCCCUGUACCUUCGUAUGUUUAUAAUAAAUAAAGCUCUGUCUUGAUUUGGAA